ACUAAAUCUAAUGAUAAGGCCCAGAUAAUUCGAUUUCGAUAGUUUUUUGUAUAGUGUAUUGUUAUUUGUGUGUUCUCUACCUGAAUCCUAUCUAUUCAAAAGUCAAAACAAGCAACAAUUUACUGUAUUAGCCGUAAGCGUGUUCAGUGCAGUCUACGGUCUAAUAACUAAUAAGUAACAAAUGACCUGUUAACUGUCAACAAUAAAGUGUUCGAGCCUCGAGUUCAUAGCCGCAUUGAAACAAACAUAACUUUUUUUAUUUUUACGGUGUUUAAUGCUAAGUACACAAUGAAGAACAUUUUUCUUAUUACUGUGAUCGGGUCCUUAGCAGGGUUUGCGUAUAUUAGUUAUGCUUGCAACGAGGCCGUGUGUGCAUCUAUUGUGUCUAAGUGUAUGAUCACUCAAUCUUGCAAAUGUGACCUAGCAAAUUGUUCGUGCUGCAAAGAGUGCUUCAGUUGUCUUAAUAAUUUAUAUAGCGAAUGUUGUUCCUGUGUGGACAUGUGCCCAAAACCUAAUGUCACCACCAAUGCGUUAAGUAGAAAAAGUCAUGUGGAAGAUUUACCCGAACCUAUAAUGACAUUAUUCUAUGCGCUUGUAUCCGAACCUGAUGUCCAGCAACGAUGGGAAUCAUUGACAUUCCCCAUUGAUUUUGACAUUGAAGUUUUUAAGCCCGAUUUUCAAAAGGAACUCAAAUUGCUACAAAAGAAUUCGGCUCAAGAAGUGGCUCCAAUAAAGGAUGUCAUCACUUUAAAUUGUUCUGUUGUCUAUAUGAGUCAUUGCUUAUCUUGGAACAAAUGUAAAGCGUCUUGCAUGUCGAUGGGAUCUAAAAGCUAUAGAUGGUUCCACGAUGGCUGUUGCGAAUGUGUUGGCGAUCGUUGCAUGAAUUACGGAAUCAAUGAGAGCAGAUGCAAACAUUGCCCUUUAAAGGGAUCCGUAGUUCCAACGAUAAGUGAAGCUGAUUAUGGUGAUGAAGAAGAUGAUGAUGAGGAAAUGAUACAAUAGUUUUUUAAAUACUUAGACAAAAUGCCAUACUUAUUAAUAGAAGAAUCAUAUCCAUAACUAUACAUACUCUGUACUAAUUAUUUUUUAUUCUCAUUUGAAUUUCCUUAAUCAAAGGACAUUCCUUAGCUUGUGAAAACAUGUUAAUAUGGAUUAGUUAGACAAAAAAAAUGUGACUUAAAAUUAUUAUUUACUUACAGAUCCCCUAAAUCUUGAUCGGAUUAGGUAUUGUUUGAAUAUCGUCCUUUUUUUCCUACUUUUCUGCUAUUCGACGAGUUAUUUUAUUAUUGGAUCAUCUUUUUUCUCGAGAACUGCAACUAUGACUCAAUAGUUUAAGAAUAAAAAAUAGCUUCAUUUUUCAGAACAAAUCAAAUAAACCGAUCAAAAUUGAAAAUAAACAUAAAUUAACUUCUUAAAAAAAAUGUAUAUUAGUUUGAGUCAUAAAAAAUUUAGAUCCGUCCAAGAUAAUUUCUGCAUAUAAUUUGAAAAUAAAUAUUUUUAAAGUAUAAUAUGAGCCUUUUAUUUGUUUUAAAAUUAUAUUAAUUUUGAAUAUUUCAUAUCAGUUUUGACAAAUCUACUUACAAUAUUGAUGGUAUUUAAUGUAAUGACAAAAAUGUAUUUAUUUUAUAUGUUAUUUAAGGAAGCAAUAAAUAAUAAAACUUG